CGUCGCCUGAUGGUGGGGCACGGCCGGUUGACACAUUGUCUCGCGGUGCAGGCGGUGCACCGGUUAUGCCACAAGUGGCGGGAGCAUCAUCGACAGGAGUACUCCCACCGGCGGUCCAUGGAGGGAACGUGAUGCCGGUGGCAGCGGCAACGAGACCAUCGCCAGCGGUAUUUGAUGCACUGGCAUCCGUUGUUGCAUCUACCACGGGCGGGGGCACUAGACCUACCACUGCAUCGUUGGACCGCCAGACGGUUUCUCCGUCGGCGCGUGGUGGUGUCUUUGAUGAGCUCUGCACACGUCAGUUCGUCGACGGCAGUACAUGGGGCAGCAACCUGGGCACUUCGGCUGGCUUGCAUCCUAUGUUCACGAAUGCCGCGACCAGAGCUUCGAGUCCAGCGGGAUCUACUCUUGCGUCUACCCGCGGUACGACCGCGGCACACACGUCUCGGUGGUCUCCUCCUCGUCCUCCACGUCUGGCUGCCCCUCUGCUUGCGACUAACUCGCUUCCACCAUCGUCCCAGGCAGCAGAGGACACGCCCGCCCCCCCACUGCCUCUAGUAUUUGAUUUCUCGCCCACUCCCACGACCGAGACAGCCCCCGCAUUCACUGGUGUCCUGGGGGGGGAUAUGGAUCCACCACAGCGGCGACGCGACAUUCCACUCCCACAUCGCGGUACACCGGCGAGUCCAGCUGGUUUGUUUGACGGUAGUGAAUGUGGCCUGAUCGCACGAGGGAGGGGCACAUACAAGCACCAGGCAGUGACUUCAUAUUAUUCCUACCCGAGGGAGCAUGCAUGGCACAUGACGAUCACGUGGUUCAUCGUGCAGAGCGGCAUGCCGUUUAACUGCGUGAAGCUUGAGAGCUUCAGGCGUAGGUUUACGACCAUCAUCCCUCCUGGGGUCCCAGGGGCUCCAAUGCCCAAACCGCCGACUUAUCACCUGGUCCGCACGACGUUGCUGGAUGAGCUGGAUGCAGAUGUUCAACGGUGUGUGAAGCCGAUGCUCGAGACUUCACGUCAGAUUGGUUGUACUAUCAUGACAGAUGGAUGGACAAACAUCGAUGGUCAAACAUUGUGCAACUACCUUAUCGGUACUACCCGCAUAUCUUGCCACAAAUGUUAUGCGCGGGAAGAAGGAUGCCGCAGUGUUGGCGAAGGCAUGGUUGCAGAGGCUGAAGACCAUCGAUAUCCAGCUCAGCGCCAUCACGACAUUCUUCACGGAUUCCAUGAGUGUGAACGUGUCCGCCAUGGAGACAUUCCAAAAGGACGAAAGCGUCAAACAUAUCCCUGCGUGGUACAUGUCAUGGACCCCGGCCUGGAGGACAUUGGAUCGAUUGGUUGGGUUGCAUCACGCAUUGCUCAGGCACGUCUUGUCACCAAGUUCUUCAAGCGUCACAGUCACGCACGCGAGGCUUUGGAGGCGAAGACAAAGUUGAAGUUGUUGCUGCCCGCAGAAACACGUUUCGACACUAAUAUGCGAGACAGUGACACACGACAGAUCAGCAAGGUUCUGUGUCGGUACGAGAUUAUGAUCGCAUCCUGUUUUGCCGCGUGCGGCUCUCUCAGCACGACCAAGCAGGAUGAGAUCCUCGAGGUUUUCGACAGGCGGCGCACCAUAUUCCGUACUUUGGCCCACAUAGCAACCAUGAUGCUGGAUCCCGAGUUUCGGGAUCCCACCCUUGCAGAUGACGACGUGAUGCAGGAGGGGUUGAAAACCCCUUGGGUUCAGUUCGGCUACCCUGAGGGAUCUCCACAACACAAGGAGGUACUCACUGCGAUCGACAAGUUUCAUGCCAGGGAGAAGCCUUUCGAAAGCGCGACCAUGGAUAGAGCCAUGAUGAGCUACGAGCACCCGUCCAGUUUCUGGGAGUCCAAAUUGCGCAGGUUUCCACACACCGCAUACUUCGCCAUGAGGAUUCUGCGAAUUUGGACGACAGAGUCGCCCUGUGAGAGAGGUUGGUCGCAUUGGAGUUUCAUCCACUCCAAGACUCGCAACAGGUUGAAGGUUGAACGGGUUGAGAAGCUCGUACGGUGCCACUAUAACCUCUGUCUCCUUGACCGCCCAUCUUUGUCUGACGACGCUCCUUACGACAGGCCCGACACAUUUGAGAAGUGGUACACUAUUGGCAGCAUUUGGAGGACGAGUUGCCCACCGACUAGCAGCUCGUCGAGGGGAGCGGAGCGAGAUUGGCAGCCACACAGGAGGAGAUGCGUGUGGCGAGGGAGCGCAUACGCAACAUUUCUCCCAUGGGCUCCAAGCGCCGCCUUGUCCAAUCGGACAAGAGACGACGUGGACGGGUGCGGGCUCGUGGCGGGCGCGGUGGGCGUUCGGGUCAUGGACGAGGUGGGCGAGGGGAACGUGGACGGGGUUCCGCGGUCGGGAUAUGUCCUUGUGGUGCGCAUUCUGCGGGCCGUGAUAGGGCGGCGGUCGACUGUGUUCGUUUCCCUCAACAAUAUUGGGACGAGGGAGAUUUUUUAUAUCAUAGCUCCUCUGGUGACGAGGAGGAUUUCUUCUGUACCGCCACACCGUCAGCACGGGACGACGACGGCAGGCCAGGGGACGAUCGUCGUGAUGACGACGACGACGAUGAUGGAGCGGACGACCGGUGUGGCCAUCGAUCGUUGAGAGGAGGUGGGGGGGGAGGAGUUGUGGCACCGCGAG